AGAGCGGGAAGAGUUAACUCAAUCUUAACAGUGGACGGAGUUUUUUCAUGUAUAUAUAUUUAUUUUAAAAGCAUUUUUUCACUCUUUUGCGGUUCCCAUGUGAAGCGUGUGAGCGACCGGAGCUGCUGUGUGUGUGUUUGUGAGUGUGUGUGUGUGUGUGAGCGUGUGUGUGAGUUGCAGCAGCCCCGCGGACGCCCCGGGGGGCCAUGGCUUCUUCCCCACUGCAGUACACCAUCGGGGGGGUGAAGGUCCACUUCCCCUGCAAGGCCUACCCGUCCCAGCUGGCCAUGAUGAACUCGAUCAUGCGGGGCCUGAACUCGGGGCAGCACUGUCUGCUGGAGAGUCCCACGGGGAGCGGGAAGAGUCUGGCCCUGCUGUGCUCGGCUCUGGGCUGGCAGCAGGCCCAGACCGCCAAGCUUCAGGAGGCCGGGGCCGAGGACAAGAGCCAGCGGAGUAAACCCUGCGGAGACUGCAACAAGCCCGAGUCGUCGUCCUCCUGCCAGUGUGUGUGUCACAGCCGAGCGGCGGCUGGCCCAGAGGUGGUGGACCUCACCGCGGCGACUGACCCAGAGGUGGUGGACCUCACGGCGUCCCCCUGCAGAGACGCAGCAGAUCGCAGGCCUUGUUCAGAGGAGUCCCAGCCCAAACCGCCGUCCCUGGCGUCUCGCCUGUCUGAGAAGCUUCAGGCCUCCAGGAGCCCCGCCGGCCAGACGGACGACGACUUCCAGCCGGACCGGAAACGCAUCCGGACAGCAGAGAACACGAGCCGGAAGAAGCAGCGGCUGGAGCGAGGAGUGGUCUUCAUCGACGACGUGGACGACCAGCCGCCGGCUCACGGCGGCGGGACGGGCGGCCGGACCGAUUCCCCCCCGAGCUGUGCUCCAGGACUGUGCUCCCUGUGCCCGUGCGCCACAGCUAAAGACGGCGUGAAGGACAAAGCCAAAGAUGGCCGACCCAGGAUCCCAAAGAUCUUCUUUGGCACUCGCACCCACAAGCAGAUCACCCAGAUCACACACGAGCUGAAGCGCACCAUGUACUCCGGCGUGCCCAUGACCAUCUUAUCCAGCAGGGACCACAGCUGCGUCAACCCCGAAGUCACGUCCAAGCCCAACCGCAACGAGCGCUGCAAAGAGCUGCUGGACGCCAAGGAGGGCUUCUCCUGCCGCUACUACCACGGCGUGCAGAAGAUGCGGGAGCAGCACACGCUGCAGUACGUCCACGGCCUGCACCAGGCCUGGGACAUCGAGGACCUGGUCUCGCUGGGGAAGCGGAUCCGCUCCUGCUCCUACUUCGCCGCCCGGGAGCUGAUGGCCUCGGCCUGCAUCGUCUUCUGCCCGUACAACUACCUGCUGGACCCCAUGAUCCGGGAGAGCAUGGACAUCGACCUGAAGGAGCAGAUCCUGGUGCUGGACGAGGCCCACAACAUCGAGGACUGCGCGCGGGAGAGCGCCAGCUGCUCGCUGAGCCACGGCGGCCUGCUGCAGGCCCGGGACGAGCUGGACGGCAUGGUCCACAGCAACAUCCGGCGCGCCCAGCACGAGCCGCUCCGCAACCUCUGCUACAGCCUCAUCAACUGGAUCCAGGAGAGCCAGGUCCUCCUGUCGGACCGCGGGUUCGAGAGCGCCAGCAAAGUCUGGAGCGGGAAGGAGAUCCUGGACAUCUUCCACGGUCUGGGAAUCACUGUGGACACGUUCCACCUGCUGAAGGAAAACCUGGCGGCGGUGCUGGAGAAGGAGGAGCGUGUGGGCGUGGUGAACGGCACCGAGGACAUGGUUCAGGUCCCCACCAUCACCUCUCUGACCUCCACCGUCCUCAAGAACCUCUUCAUGGUGCUGGACUUCCUGUACAGGGACAACCGCAGGUUUGCUGAGGAUUACCGGGUGGCGCUGCAGAGGAGCUACACCUGGACCACCCAGGUCCCGCCGGACGUCCCGGACGCGCAGGGCUUCCUGGCUGUCCGGCGCCACCGGCAGCGCCAGAGCGUCCGGGUCAAGACGGAAGUGCUGACGCUGAGCUUCUGGUGCCUCAACCCUGCUGUGGCCUUCUCUGACCUGAGCACGGCCGUCCACAGCAUCGUGCUGACCUCGGGGACUCUCUCUCCGAUGGGCUCCUUCUCCUCUGAGCUGGGGGUGAAGUUCUCCAUCCAGCUGGAGGCCAACCACGUCAUCAAGAGGUCUCAGGUGUGGGUGGGCACGGUGGGCAGCGGGCCGCAGGGCCGGCAGCUGCGCGCCACCUUCCAGCACACGGAGACCUUCACCUUCCAGGACGAGGUGGGGGCGCUGCUGCUCCACGUCUGCCAGGCCGUGUCCAAAGGAGUGCUCUGCUUCCUGCCCUCAUACAAGAUGCUGGACAAGCUGAGAGACCGCUGGACCAACACCGGGCUGUGGGAGAAGCUGGAGCAUUGCAAAGCGGUGGUCACUGAACCCCGCGGGGGUCCCAAGGCCGACUUCGAAGGCCUGCUCCAGGUGUACUACGACGCCAUCAAGUACUGCGAGGACAGAGACGGGGCGCUGCUGAUCGCCGUCUGCAGGGGUAAAGUGAGUGAAGGGUUGGACUUCACUGACGACAAUGCCAGAGCCGUGGUCACCAUUGGAAUUCCCUUCCCCAACAUCAAGGAUCUCCAGGUGGAAUUAAAGAUGAAGUACAACGACCAGCACUGCAGCUCCAGAGGCCUCCUCUCCGGCCACCGCUGGUACGAGAUCCAGGCCUACAGAGCUCUGAACCAGGCGCUGGGAAGGUGCAUCCGCCACCGGAACGACUGGGGAGCUCUGGUUCUGGUGGACGACCGCUACCGGAACAAUCCCAACAAGUACAUCACAGGGCUGUCCAAGUGGGUGCGCCAGCUGGUCCAGCACCACCACACCUUCGGUGACGCCAUGCAGUCCCUGAGGGCCUUUUCCCACGAGCAGCGGCAGCAGGCGGCGGCGGCGGCGGCGGCGGCGGCGCCCGGGGCGGCCCCCGCUCGGAGCCGGACCCCCGGCCUCCUCACGCUGCCCUUGGCCAGCUCACACUCUCCUGGAGCCGCACACAGUCUGAUCCAGAUCCCAGCCACACCGGAGCAGACCGGCCCCGCCACCCCCCACACACACCCACACACACACCCCCACACACACCUGAAGCAUGAACAGAGUGAGAACACAGAGCGUUUGGAGAAGCUUCGCGGUCCCUCCUCACAGAAACCGCCGCCUCGCUCCCUCUUCCCCAUCUUCACCUCCAGCCCCGUCAGCACCCGCUUUAAGACCCCCAUCUUCACGGGAAGCCCCCCCACAACGACCAGGGAGGACAAGGAGAGCCUCCGCAGCCCCCACCCACCGGCCCCCUCAAGUCCUGAACAGGAGCCCACGGAGGACCCCCCCUCAGCUGACGGUUCAGACGAGGAAGACCACACCGUCUUCUUCACCCCAGAGCUGUUCGAGGGUGAAGAAGAAGCUGACAGCCCAGAGGAGGAGGCCGAGGUGGCCGCAGGGCCGCAGAGCGCCGCCCUGCUGGCAGAACCAGGCCCAGAGGCUGCAGAGCCUCCAGAGGCUCCAGUCCAGGCAGCGCCGGUCAGUCAGGAGGGGCAGAGCAGCGAGGCAGGCAGCAGCAGGGCCCACAGGCUGUCCAGGUCCAGGCAGAGAGCUCCGCCCACUCCCACAGGUAAAUAACCAGCAGCACCCCCCGGUCUGAGCAGGCUUCUCCACAGACACCACUCCCUCCGGGGCCCAGAGACCAGCGGUUCUCAGUGGGUGGGUCAGGGGGGGUGCCUGUUCCCAGCAGGAGCAAAAAUCCUGCUUCACACUCAAUCAUCUGAGGCGAAAACGCCAUUAAAGCACCAGAUUGUACUGCUGCAUGGUGACGAAUAACAACACUAAAGAGAAACCCGCCAGGAUCACAACAGGACCAAACUGUGCACCAGGAGUAACCAAGUACUUCAGAGAGGAAUCCCCACAAAGGGAGACAUAACUGCUGCUGAGAUUAAAGAUGUUGGCUCAGUUCGGCGCCCCGUUGGCCCAGAAAAUACUGCUUUCUGCUGCCUGUGGCCUUUGAGCAGGGCUUCAUAUUAAUGUGUUCACAGGACGGCGAUUCUAAAACCGGGUGUCACCCGGGUGGACACAGUGUGUGGAGGGCGUCUCAGUCUGUCACCUUUGUGUGUGUUUAAAUAUCUAUAUCCUGUCAGAGGUGUGUGCGCGUGAUUGAAGCGUCUGAUUUCAGUUUCUCUGUCUGUUCCAUAUUCCGGAGAUUGACCGUUAACAAAGUGGAAAAACAGUUUAAUUUGCUCGUCUUCAUCACUUCUGCUCGGCCGUUCGUCUACGAGAGUCCGGCUCUUGAUUGCUGGCUGUGGCGGCGUGCUGGAGGAGCCUCGGGCGGAGCCGAUCCGUCUGGGAGCAGCUCCUCAUGCAGGGCGACAGCUCGUCUUAUUAUGGUCUGUCCUCCGCUGAAGCACACCUCACUAACCUACAGCGCCCAAACCGAACGCCAUUAGCAGGACUGCAGAAGCAUUUAUCUCCUAAUGAUGUGUUUGUGGGGAGGCUUCAGACAUGCCUGAUUUAACCCAAUCCAAGACUUUCUUCCUUCUGAUUUCUAAUUAUCCGUCAUAAACAAACGGGCUUUUAGCGUGUAAAUACAUUCACCUCGUUGAAUACUGGGAAUGACAUGAG